ACCCGCCCACCAUUGGAGACAAAAUAUCCGCGCUGAAAAACAAGUUGGAUGGCAGACUUGGCAGGCUUGCAAAGGCGCACGUCGCGCGCGUGUGGGCGCAGCUCUUUAAAAAGAGGCGGAUGCAUUUCGGGGAGGAUGGCCUCGGGUUCCAGUUGGCUGCUCGUCUCGCUGGUCCCGGGGAAGGGAGGUGGGACACUUGAACGGCGACCAGUCCACGGUGUCUCGCCCAAAGUCAGCUGACGUAGGCUCCGCCUCACCCGCCACCUUCGUGACGAUAAUGGACGGAUGGAUGUUGUACUGGGUUCAAGCGUCCAGAAGCGUCAUGGCGGCGACGUCCUCGCCCUCCUUCAACCUCCUGCUGUUCCUCCUCACGUCCUCCCCGGCCUGGCUGCCGUCUCCGAUCUCGGCCUUUGUCACUGACUGGCAGCACCUGAUGCCAUCAGAUCCCGUCGAACCUCACUUCACCAACUGCAUAUCCCGAGACCAGGUGACGUUCAGCUGUUGGUGGACUCCCGGAAGUUUCCACAACCUGUCGGAUCCCGGAGCACUGAGGGUCUUUUACCAAAAGCGAGUCAUAGACUCCCCCAGCAAGGACGAAUGGAAAGAGUGUCCAGACUAUUUCCACUCGAGGAGGGAGUGCUUCUUUGACAGAAACCACACGACCAUUUGGACCACCUACUGCUUGCAACUGCGCAGCCGAGACAACAUCACCUAUUUCAACACGGACGACUGCUUCACCGUGGAAAACAUCGUACGUCCCGACCCUCCAGUGUCCCUCAACUGGACCUGCCUGAACGUGAGUCCCUCUGGGCAAACUUACGACGUCAUGGUGACGUGGGAGCCACCCGCCUCUGCAGAUGUCUCAGUGGGCUGGAUGAAGAUAGUUUACGAGGUCCAGUACAGAGAGAUGAACAGCACCAACUGGGAGGCGCUGGAGGUUCAGCUGGAGCCUCAAACCCACCAGACAAUCUAUGGACUCGAUGUGGGAAAAGUAUACGAGGUGCACAUCCGCUGCAGGAUGAAGGCCUUCACCAAGUUCGGAGACUUCAGCGAAUCCGUCUUUAUUGAACUGUCCGAGAUUCCCAGCAAAGAUUCAUUUUCCCUCCUCACAUUGGUUAUUGUUCUGGGAGUUAUGGCCGCCGUCAUACUCAUCAUGUGGAUUGUUGUCUCCCAGCAGCAAAGAUUGAUGGUAAUUCUCUUGCCACCAGUUCCGGCACCCAAAAUCAAAGGUGUGGAUUCAGAGCUGUUAAAGAAAGGGAAACUGAAUGAGCUGAACUUCAUCCUGAGCGGUGGAGGGCUGGUCGGCGACCCCGCGUAUCAGCCCGAGUUUUACCAAGAUGAGCCGUGGGUGGAAUUCAUCGAGGUGGACGUGAAGGAUCCGGACACCGGGGAGAAGCAGGACAACCGGGCCUCGGACACCGACAGGCUGCUGGGUACCUCUCAGCCCGUCAGACAGCGAGCGGGGUGCUCCAAUGCCCUCAGCCUUCCUGAUGACGACAGCGACCGCCCGACGAUAGACUCCGGUGCGCUGACGUCCGCGCUGCUGCCGGGCCAGCCCGACGACAGAGAGGCCUGCCUGUGCGUCGACUCGGAGGCGCCCUCGGGUCAGACGUGGGUCAACACGGAUUUCUACGCCCAGGUCAGCAACGUCAUGCCCUUCGGGGGCGUGGUGCUGUCCCCCGGCCAACAGCUCCGAACGCAGGAGAGCGGCCCGGCCUCCGCCCAGUCCUCGAAGAACGACAAGAAAGACGGUGAGGAGGAGAAGGAGGGGGAGGAGAAGAAGCAAAAGGAGCUUCACUUUCAGCUCCUGGUGUUGGAUCCGGACUCCGAGAGCAGCACACGACAGAUUAUCCCCCCGCCUUACUGCUCCAUCCCCGGCGAGAGCCGCCGGUCCAUCGAGCCUCGGCCCGCCGAAGCCUACCAGUCGCCUUACGUUCAUCCCGACUCCCCCCAGGCGCAGCUCUUUGCCCCCGUGGCGGACUACACGGUGGUACAGGAGCUAGACAGUCAACGCAGCGUUCUCCUCGACCCGCCUCCCGUCCAGUCCGCAGAGCCGCGCCUGUCGCAGCACCCGCUCAAAGCCCUCCCGGCCAUGCCCGUGGGGUACGUCACCCCGGACCUGCAGGGGGCGUUCUCGCCUUGAACGCCGAGUCUUUAGACCAGGAAGUCAUCUGACUGCUGCCGGAAGCCAAACGGCUCGCGGUGAGCCGGGAGGGGACUUGAACGUGCGCCCGCUGCCCUACAUCUGCUCCCUCUAAAUGCAUUUGCUGCGCUUCCCGUUCUGUUUCCUUGCAAACGACAGAAGCGACACGCACGAGUUUAGCGCUUUGGAUGCGUCUCGUUAGGGAGACGCCCAAGUCUUAAGCUCGCAGCGAAAAGAAGCGCACUCUCCCCGCCGCACAAGUUGCAAAAGAAGCAUCCGCUAUUCUUUAUACCUCUUCGUCAUGUGCAUAAUUGACACAAAUUGAAAAAGCUACGUGCUUAUGAGACAUGUAGAACUAUCAAUAGUCUGCUAAAACAGAGCAAGAAGCUAUUUGAUUUUCGUUAUGUUGCUGCAUUGCGUCUUUCUUUAUAUCACAGCGGACCCCCGCUUAAACGCGGAUUCACAUAUUUGCGGCUAUUUUUUCAUUUUCUCGUUACAUCUUUUUCGUUUUUUUUUCUUCCCUUCUUUCAGGGAACUAACCCUUAAAACUCUUAUUGGUGUUUUAUCUCCGCUUGUUCAAGAAUUUUUUUCGAUUAAAAAAAAAACAAACUGAUGUAUACACUAGCUGAUCGAAGCUGAAAUAUAUUAAAAUGAUAUAUUUAAAAAAUUAUAUUCAAUUACUUUUCAUUUUAAAAUGCGACCAGAUGAAUACCGUUGGGCUUGGGUGUAUUUUGCAAAAUGAACACACAACACAAAUUUCUUCAUAAUAACUGUGAUGAGCUUCUAAACGUGGCAUUACGGUGCCUUGCUGGAGGCUGCUGUGAGACAUUCAAGGACACUAAGGAAAGUGGCAACGAGGCUGAUGACCUAAGGGAAAGCACAACGCCAUUUACGGACUUUUAUUGGCAGGAACGAGAUUUUCCCCUUGGUCCUGGCCUCGUCUGAUUUAGUUUUUUUAUUUCACUCGCAUGAAUCUUACAUACUGUAUUUUAAGAAGGAACUGCAGUAACAAUACUGUAAAAUGCAGCCGACGGACUAACACACACUAACAACCAAAUAGCAACUCACAGGCUACACAUUUACAAUGUUAUGUUCAUGUUUUCAUAUUCUGUACGCUUGUGUCAAAUAAGUCAGGGACUGAGUCAAAAGAAUGUCAAAGCGUGUCGUCAGGUCUAAUCCGACGCAAUGUUAGCAGCCGGCAACGUUAAUGUCUCGUCGCGCCUGUGUUGAUGUAUCUUUAAAUGGUCGUAAUAAUAAUAUGAUGGGGUUUUUGUUUUGCUAGGCUAUAAAAUAGUUAUAAAUGCGGAAAGUGUGUUUUGAUGAAACGGUGAGGCAUCUCUGUGCGUACAUCCUCACAGAAUACGUUUAGGAUAUUGGUACACGUGGACCGAAAUGUAGCAGAGGUUGCAAAGGGAAUUUGUUUAAAAAGCUGCCCGAUGGCAACUAUGCUUUUUUUUUUUUAUUAUUAUUAAUAUUAUUAUUUGUUUGUUUGUUCUUGAAAGUGGGCUCGGUGACGAGUGGAAAAGCUGUGAAACUGUUUUACGAAAAGGGCCCGCUCGGCAACAAAUUGAUUUGUCCUUGUACUGGUCAUAGCAAAAAAUGUUGGAAAUCAUUUGAAUACAAUGCAAAAAUUCUACCAUUUUGUCAUCUUUUUUUUAAAAACAUCUGUAAGAAAAUACACAUUUCUUUUACUAAUUGCAAAUACAUUGCUGCGUUGAAGGUUCACGUGAAGGGGAAGUAAAGACAAAUUUGGAGGGGGGACAAGAAUACAUUGGACUUCUCAAAACACGGUAUUCUGAUCCAUAUUGCAUUUGUGGAUUAAGAAUCAAACCGAUCCAUUCAUCAAAUUUUUCAUUCAUCUCAGUUGGUCGCCGCGUUUGGCAAUAUCUCCCCCUGUUGGCGACCGAAUCUAACGUCACUGCUGCUCUCAGGUUUCCGUUGCGAACAUCGCAUGACCAAAGGCCGAAAUUUCUUCAAAUUUUGCUCAAAUCAUCCUAUAAUCAACCGUAUCGUGAUUCGUUUUAUCGCAGCACACAUCUGGAAUCUGUUACCCGCUUUCGCAGAAACGUGACGUUUAGAUUCGGCGAACACCAGAGGGCGAUAUUGGCAAACGCGGCGACCCCCUGGGAUGGAUUCAACAAAUUGAUGCAUUAAUCUGUUUAAUUUUGAUUCCACAAAAGCAAAAAGAAUCUGAGACAUGUGAGGGCACGUACAACAUAUUCUUGCCCCCCCCCCCACACCCCCACGAAGAAAAACAAACCGAGUUUAAUUCCUCCCAAAGGGAGAACAAGCGUUACCAUUGGGUGCGUUCAUGACUAUUUGGUAGGAAAUACUGCGACGCUAACAACGUGACUACCUGAAGUGUGUGUAUGUUUGUGGGUGGGUGGACACAAGUGCGUGCGUGUGCGAGUGUUUGUGCAAGUGCGUGUGUUUAAAUACAUCCGUAUAGUACGUGUGCAUGUGUGUAAAUACGUCAAAGUGUAACUGCGUCUGUGUGUGUUUGUAAAAGUGCAGCUGUUUUAAAUGGGUUUGCUUGCCUGCUUGUGCACCCGCGUUUACGUAAGCGUAUGUUUAAAGGUCAAGUGUCAUGCCUAAUAAACAUUCUCAAAUAGAUAUUGCAAUGAUAUAACAUUAUUCACUUCAAUGUCCAUGCGAAAAAAAUGUGAGCGGAGAGCACGUCAUCCAUGCGCAAAGUUGAGGAAGUCUCAUCCGACAUCCAAGUGGUAGCCAUAUUGCCUGCAUCCUCUGCUCAUGAUGUCACACCGGGACAUUCGGCGUUGAAAACAUACUGUGCCACCUACAAUGGGACAUGGAAGCUCUUUUCAAAGAAGAGAACAUCUCACAAUCGAGUGAAGUGGCCGGGGGCAAUAUUACCCUAUCGUUUUGUGCUAUAUUGAGAUGAUAUGCGGAUCACUUCUAACUAACAACGGACUCCCAGAUAGUAUGGAUGAGCCAGCCCGGCCGAAGCCGUCCGCCGCGGACACAAUCGAGUGAAGUGACCGGGGCAAUAUUAUCCUAUCACUUCGUUUCGUUUCGAGCCAUAUUUAGAUGAUAUGCGGAUCACUUCUAACUAACAACAGACUCCCAGGCGGUAUGUACGAAGCCGUGCUCGGCACCGACGGUACAUUUAGCACCCCUGACUUACGUGCGUGGAUCUUUUGUUACAUUCUGAGAGGAUUACGUCCCACACCGCAAUCUAUUUUUUUUUUUUUUUUUUUAGUAGCUGUAUAUACACCUGCCUGUCAUUUGGAACCCACGAACUGCUCGUCUUUUGCACCCGUGCAAUCCGUUUUUCAAGUGUGAAGAGUGAAUCCAUCCUCCCGAAUGUUCGAACAAUAUCCAGCAAUGCAACGAGCCGGCAUUUUGCCUAACACGAAGGAACAACGAGCUACCUACCCGCAGGGUGAACUGGUAGAAACAUGCGAGACCGCCCCAGUGCGCUCCUGCUGACGACGUCACUUCCUGCUUCUUCUCGAAAACGAAUCCCUCGAGAGGAUUUUCAUGGCGGGAGUGACAAAAAUCCAUACACGUCAAAAUCACGUUGUGCGGUGUGCCGCCUUUUUUUUUUCUUCAUUAAUAACAUUCUAAAAAUCAUGACAGUGGACCUUUAAGUUGGAAUGUGUGCGUAAGAGAGUGAGGACGUAGUAGUGUGUCGGUGCUUGUGUGUAAGUAGAAGUCCGCGGUUGAGUCAGUGUGCGUCGAAGUGCUUGUGUUUGUGUAUGAAAAUAAGUGUUUGGAAUUUUGUGUCUGCUCGUGUGUGUGUGGGUGCAUGUCAGCGCGUGUAUAAGUAACAACUUGUGGAGAUAAUUGUAUGUGUUUGUGAUGUGUAACAGUGUGCGUGUGCAUGUGUGUGUGUGUGUCAUUUGCAGUUUGCUUAUGAAGGAAGAGAAACAAAACACAAGGAUGAAUUUUCCCUUGUAUGGGAAAGAUUGCCCGUAACUAAAGGAAGUUUCCAGCAGGGAAAAAGCCCCCCCCCACUCUCCAUUCGCCCCGUCCCUGUUUGCUGAAGCUUCUGUUCAGCGUCGUGACUGUGAAUGUGUGCAAAAUGGAAUAUAGUGUGUACGGGUUGCAAGCAGUGACAACCGCUGGGAAGGGUUUUUUUUUUUUUUUUUUUUUCGUCACACUUUUGCCGCAGACGUUGACUCACUUCAACAAUUUACAGUCGGUCUGUUUGCAUAUGUUGAUUGCCAUUUUUUUUUUAAACGUUACAGACACUUUAGACUGAGCACUUUCUACUCGUUUGUCAGACAAUUCAUGCAAAAACAAGGGUUCCUUUUUUUUUUUUUGCCUGAAUUUUAAUUGAAUAUUUCCCUAUUGGAACUAUAAGCAAAGGUUGUUAUUUUUUUAAAGAAAAUAUUUACUUUACUUUCUUACUGAAGUAUUCCCCAAAAUACUUAAUUCUAGAACAAUUGUUUGUAUUCUUUUUUUUAAAAGAAAAUAUUUACAUUACUUUCUUACUGAAGUAUUCCCCAAAAUACUUAAUUCUAGAAUAAUUUUUGGACUUCCUACUAAUGAGAAUUUAGUAGGAUUAAAUACGACAGUCAUUUUCCUAAAUAACAAAAAUCAAUAAAUACAUUACAUAUCAAUCACAGUGAAAGCAUUGCAAAAAUUAAAACCAUAUAUAUUGUUUUUUUGGAGGGUUUUAAUCAUAAUCUUCAUUAUGAAAAACUUGUUUAAAAAAUACUAUUUUAGCAGGAUGAAUACUAUCGUAAAUAUUUUGCGUAUAUAGUUCAUACAAAUGAAAAUACUAAAAGAAAAAAAAACAACAACAAAGGAGUUUACAGUCAUUGCCCAAUAUCCUACAUGAAUGUUAUUUUAGUUUUUGUUCAUGUGGAUUUUUUUUUUUUUUUUUUUUGCAAUUGUCUGCUAAAUUUGCAUGAGAACAUGUUCAUCAUCAGCUGUUCAAAUAAUAUCCAGACUGACAAUUUCAGCGUGGUCUGUUUGAUUUAAGAAUCACGCAAUGAUUUAUAAUCAAUGGACUUCCGUUUUAAGCUACAGCGUUUGUGUUCAUAUGAGGAAUUUUACCGGUUGGACUUGUGUACCCUCAUGUACAUAUUUGAUGUUAUGCAUGGAAAUUUUAUCAUUAGCCGGAGAUAACUCUUACGUCCCUUUCACACAGCUUGCAUUAUUUUUUUUUUUCCCGCUUUUGUGGUACUUUGAGAUCCGCGAUGGGACAAAAAUCUGUAGAAGGGAAUUCCGGAGUUAGGGGAAGAUUGUGAAAUUUAACACGUGUCCAAAUAAUGUUAUGUGUCACAAUUAUUACGUGAAUGCGUUCAAUAUCGCGCUUUUAUUGGGUUUUGUGUCAAAAGAUGCUACGUGCAAAAGAGACGUUUGUUUCUGUCAUUCAACUGCAAAGAUUGUUGUGUUCCUCUUGCUUUACGUUUUAUUAUUAUUGGUUGCGUAUUUUCCAAAAAAAAAAAAAACAAGGCCGAUUGAUGCGUUUUGGCUCUCCAACUUGUUCUUGGCCACAUUUGAGCCUCAUUUUUUUUGGACUUGCUGUUUCAUGACCGCGGCAUCCAACUUCCUCCUCAAGAACUUUUUCAUGCAGGUUCGGUGGUACCGAUUGAUUUACAAGUUGAAUUUGUGGCGUGACCACACGUGUGUCUCUCAAAUCAACUUUCCCCACAAAAUCUCUGAAAACGGUGUCGGUCCGUUCCAGCGCCCCACUAAAUACCAACAAAUUUAUCUUGUUUUAACACCGUAUAUUAUUGUAGUGUAAUUGUGCAAUUAAAUUGACUUUUUCUCCCUUUAAUUGCAUAGAUUUGCCGCUCCCUCUGGUGUGCGCAUGACAUGGAGAAUAUCGUAUAUGUUUUUUUUUUUUUUUUUUUUUUU